AUGCAUAGAGAAGAAGAAAACGAAGUGAGUGCAAUGGACUCUCUGUUGUGUCCAAGUUUCAGUGUUUACUCUUCUAAUAACCUAAACGACGUCGCUCAACAAGUUAUCAUCGAAAACGACUUCUCACACUUCCAAAACGACAACGACAAUUUCGAAUUCGUAGUUUUUCAAAAAACCGCCGAUGAAGCUUUCUUCGAUCACCGCCGCCGUAAUACAACUCAACGCGUUUUCUCCAUCUCUAAACGUGACGACGCGGCGGUGAAUUUAAUUCCGUUACGGGAAUUGGUAAAACGCGACGGUUACAGAAGAAACUCCGACGAUGCGGAUAAUUCGAUUCCGUCACAGAAAUUAAUAACCGGAGAUCAUAAGUGGAAUAUUGAUCAUCCGUCAUCUUCUUCUUCAGAGGUGGAGGACGAUCUUGAUGAAGUUCCACCGGCGUCGUAUUGCUUGUGGACGCCUAAAUCUCCGAAGGUAUCGCCGAUUGCUUCUCCGAUCAAGUGCGAGAAAAGCAAUUCGAGUGGUUCGACUUCGAAUCCUUCGUCAUCAAAGCGAUGGAAGUUUUUGAGUUUACUCCGGCGAAGUAAAAGCGACGGAAAGGAACCGUUGAUUAUCGUAACUCCGUCAUUAGAGUUUAAGAAGGAAGCGAAAGUGGAGAGUUCGAAGGUGAAAAGCGGUAGGAAAGGAAGCGCAGAGAAGAACGUAACAAAAGCUUCCGAAAAGAAGAUUCAAGUAAUGGAGAAGAAAAUUCGGGCACCGGUAACGGCAAUGGAAUCGUUUUAUCUAAGAAAGAAAGAGAUUAAGCAAAAAUCAUAUUUACCGUAUAAGCAAGAGUUAAUUGGCUUUGGGGUUGGUUUUCAUACGAAUAUUGGAAGAGGUUUUCCUCUUCAUGUUUGA